GUCUUCUCUCAUAUAUCCGACGGCGAGCAUUAGUCUCGAUCUCGCAACGAAAACGAAGCGCAAAGCAACAAAACAAUAAAGACAACUACAAAAUAUAAAAAUAUGCAACGAUAUAACAUUGCAGUUGCUGCACUGCUACUUAAUUUGCUGCUGCUGCUGGCAGCACCCAUUACGAGUCGACCAUCUGGCGAUGAUGAAAGCGAUAUAGCAGCCUUGCCGCCGGAUGCAGAUAAUAUAGAGUUUCAUCAUGUGCAGCUGGUAAAUGGCAUGUUAACUGAAGAUCAUCCGGUUAUAAUGUACAAAGAGGAUUUUGUUGACGAAAAUUAUGAUCCCAGCAAAACGAACGAAACCAAAGUAAAGCGCGUUCAUCGUCGUCAUCGUCAUCAUCAUGCGCAGCCAGUUGAUAAGCAAAGCGCGCCAGUUUUAUUUGAUGUGCUGCCCGAAACUCCAAUCAUAACCAGUGAAGAUAACAGCGAUGUAAAGCAGUUCGAAGUUGCCGAGCUCAUGCAGCCUACAAAGCACGAGCAGACACAAAAGUAUCCCAAGAAAUAUCACAGUCGUCAACGUCGCCAGUUGAAUCCUUACUACACAAGCUAUAGACAGCCCUACUAUGUGCCGCAGCCAGUGCAUUAUCAAUACACAGUGCCAGCUAAUAGUUAUUUGCCCGCAGACGCGCGGCCACAUCAGCGUUAUCCUGUCAGCGGCAAGGAGCCCAAGUUCCGUGGCAAGCUGCCCUAUUGGCGCACACAGCCAGGAAAACCCGGUCUGCCUGAUAUUAACAAUCGCUUUGGCGAAGAGGAGAACAGUCUGUUCCACAACUCGAAUCCCGCUGAUGCUGACUUUUCAGUAUUCGACAAGCCGCGUCCCGAUGAAUCGCCCAACAAUCAGUUGCCACCUAUUGUUGCACCUGAGCAGGAGCAGCGACCCAGCUGGGGCAGCAAUACAGGCCGUAGACCACCAGCGAACUUUGGCUUUGGCGGUGGUUUUGGCGGCGGCUUUUCGGGCCCACCACAAACUAUCCACAGUCCGCCCGCUGCUUGGGCAAGUCCAACACAUCCACGUGUACCACCCAAGCAACGCCAAGAUACAUUUUACUAUCCAGCCGAUCCAAGCUACGAAGAGGGCAGCGCCUGUCAUCGGGCCGCCACUUUGUGCUGCGGCCAGCAAAACUUGGGUAGACUAUACGACUGCUUCAGCCAUCAGAACUGUGAAUACAAUCUCGCAGAGAUAAUCUCUACCUGCUCUUAGACUAAAGGUAGCCAGCCAAGGGUCAGUCCUGUGUGUGUGUGUGUGUUGACCUUUGUCAACUUUUAUACAACUAAAAACAAACUUCAAAGAAAAAGCAUAUCUAGUCGACUUGCUAACAAUAUAAACUUAAAAACAAUAUACAAUUUAUUAGCGCAGGAGAUAACAAAAGUAUGUCUAAGCUAAAACAAGAGAU